AUGGCAGAGGAGGUAAUCUUUCAAUUCAUGCAUUUUGCAUUUUGUUUUGAUUUCGAGAUUAAUAAAUACCACCGGUUUCUCUCUUUUUUUACAGAAUGAGUUAGAGGCCAAACGAAUCGAUGAGCUCAGGCAGCGGUUUUUUCAUGAAAACGGUAAAUCUUUCCCAGGUUGCAUGUUUUGAGUUAUUUCUCAGCUGUGUUUUUGUAUGCAAGUUCGACGAAUUUUAUGGAAAAUUAACGUGGAAACUGUGCUCACUAGGUUAGCUUCAGCGUACGUUAAAUUUUACGUAGUAGAAGCCUUUUGCUUUCGUAAGGAAUGUCGGUAAAAAAAACUGGAGGAAUCAUCUCGAACCAGUUCAUGCCACCAAAUAACGCGGAAACUUUAUUCAGAUCGAAUACUAAUUCAAACAUAAUUACUUGAUGAUGCGAAUUUCCUUAAUUUAAAAUGAUUUCAACAAUACCAUUUAACAGAUUUUAAACAAUUUAUCUUAAAUUUUAUGAACGAGAGUUUCAUUGUGGUACUAAUCAGUUUGGUGUUAGUAAAAUACAAUGACGUCAUUUUCUUCCUACAAGUUACUUUUCUCUCUUGGUUCAAAUUUAAUUUUUCCGCAUUAUUAGGGCUGAGUGCUAAGGCAGGCUACUUUCAUUCGCACUAAGGAUUUUUUUUCUCCUUUUAUAAUUUUUAAUUUCUUUUUAUGUCUGAAAUGUAAUGUUUCAUCAUUCAACAACACAUUGUCGAGUGACUCUAGUUUUCAAGCGUACACAUUUAUCUAUCUCCCUAUACCCAAUUCCUUAUCCUAUAAUAAAUUAACAAGCCUUUAAGUAUUGAGUCACAGAAAGUGGAUGUGCACGAAAAGAUGAGUAGGAGACAGGAAUUGGGCAGAGAUUGCGUGGUAUUAAUCUUAGGGGUUCAUAAUGUCACAAGUUACCAAUCCUUGAUUUUAGGUGCAAUUUUGCAAGAAUUUGAUGAACAAGACGUGAAACGAGUCCGUGAUGAGGACUUCUGGUUGAGUUGCUUUCUGAAAUCUCGCAAGCAGGAUGUAGACAUUGCAUUAUCUGUCUUGGUAAGUUAUGUGCAUUUAAGUCAUUUUUUUCCUUUCAGUGGACCUCUCUUAGAGAAGAAAUAAUUCUUAGAUUCUCUUAUUGAUGGACAUAAAUCAAACUUUCCUGAGAGUAUCUGCAUCCUUAUUAUGUUGAAAUCUUGAAGAUAAGUGUUUGGAAUUUUAAUUUGACAGUUUUGUAUUCACUGACAUUGUUGUUGAACCUUACUCGACACUGUCCAUCCACCAAGAAUGUAUUAUCCAAAUGGUCUUGUAAUUUUACUUAUAACACGGAUUGGAUCAACUUUAUUUUACACCUACAUGUAAAGCUUGGUGCACCAUGCUUUGAACUUCUGUUACAAAAAACUGUUAAAAUAAAGAAACAUUGCUUCUCUGUGCUCAUGAAAUGAUUUAAAUUUCUACUUCCAUCUGCUAGGUGGAGUGUUUAAGAUGGAGAAAAUCAUUUGGAGUUAAUGGUAUGUUUAAUGGUCUACUCUUGGUCACAAAAUCAAGUUGAUUUACCUUUUAAUCUCUAAGAGUGAUAAGCUUCUAAUUUCUCCCAAAUCUAACACCCCUGAAUCAAACUUUAAGGUCAUGAGAAAAAGGAAAUGGUCGCAAACUCAAGAAGCUCUAGAUUGUUAGACAAAGUUUGAUUGUAAGUAGGAUAGACAAUACAAAAAAAUAUAUCAGAGAACAGUGUGGUGAAGUUGCAUACUGAUAACUGAUAUUAGGGUUUAAAGGAUUGAUAGUACAAUUUUGCACAUAAUUUCAUUUGUGAUGUAUAGAUUAUUCAAUACAUUUUUUAACAUCUCUUGAUUUACUUUUUGAUGAUAUAUUUACAUGUGCAGAACUUACAGAACGUUCUGUAGACCGGAGACUGUUUGAGGCUGGUUUCCUCUUUCCAUAUAAUCGGGACAAAGAUGGAAAUACGUUAAGUAAGUGUUUAACCCCCUCUAACCAAUGGAGAACCAAUAAGUUAUUUUUGCUUACAAUAUCAUUAUGCUAUGAGGCCGAAAGGUGAUGAGGAGGAAGAGAAAAUGCUGACUGAUUUCAUGGUAAAUUAUUUUAGCUAUUUGCUAUGAGAAAUGUACAGCAAAGAGUGGGGGGAAUUUAUUUUGAGAUCUUUUAAAUAAAGGUUGAUAAUGAUCUAGAUGAUUUCUUUGACAGGUGUAUCUUAUUCAGAUGGGGAUUCUAACCAAUUUGAAUGGUCAAUCCUUGACCUCCCAAGAUUUGAUUGGAAUCUCUUCCUCCUACUUUAACUGCUUUAGAUAGAUUUCUUUUUGAGUCAGUGUUAUCAUCAUGAUGGUAACAACCCCUUUGCUGACAAAGUUUGUCUUUUUCUGGUCAUCUGUUUGGUUUAAGAUUUCUGAUGUAGUUGGGAAAAGCUACAUUUUGAUCAUUUAUAAGAGUUAAAAGGUUAACCUCAUCAGCAGUCAAUCAGGAAAGUGAUUGAUUGUUUUACUGUGCUCAUGGGAUAAAGGAAAAUCUGAAUCUAAUACUUUCGCAAAAAAAAACAACUUUUUUUCCUCUGUGGCCAAGCUUGAAAUUUACAACCUCUCUUCUCAAUUUUAUAGAAGGCUAGCUAUGUUUGGGAACUUGACUUUUUUUAUGUGACUUUGUUUAUUAUUGGGACAGUUACUUACUGAAUAUAAUUAUUUUCAUCAUAUCUUGCCAGUCAUCUACAUUGGAAAACUUUACAAAAAAGAUCCACAACAACACCCAGAAUUGAAGAGAUACCUUGUGUUCCUCCUAGAAAAACAUGUAAGUCACAUUGGCUUACUGUCUAAAUUAAAACUUUAAGUAGUCUUUACCUGAAUUUUUUUUUCUUUUUGAAGCUUUUUCGCACUCAGUAUUUGCACAUCAGCAGGAGAUAUAUACAUUUGAUAAAUUGUUCUCCCAACAUCCCAAGUGGACUUUGUUUUACAUAUACCAUUAAACUCUCCUGGUAGAAAGUGCAGUGGAUUGCUUUUAUAAAAUGAAGUUCAAUUUUCUAUGGGUUUACCAGUGCAAUAAAAUGAUAGGUUUUUAAUUAUCAGGGUGCUCAUGGUAUCUCAGUUGAAUUUUAUGAUUUUAUUUCUAUGUUAGUAAUAAAAAGUUAUUUUGCUUGUAGGUGAAAAUGUUCCCUGGCAGAAAAGUAACAUUUUUAUUUGACAUGCAGGAUACUGGGUUAUCAAAUAUGGUGAGCUUUGAUAUAAUUAAAAUAUGUUACAUUUUUAUAUGAAGGUGGAGUUAUGGAAUACAAUUCUUAGGAAAAUGUUGCUUAUCUUUAUUAAAUUUGCAACAUUCUGACAUCAAUAUUUGGUAAUACAAAAUUAAGUCACAAGCAAUAAUUAUUAUUGUAAUAACUGUUACAAAAUGUAAUUCUUUUAUUGUUGCUGUUUUAGGACCUGGAUUUUGUAAAAUUUAUCAUAAGUUGUUUCAGAGAUUACUUUCCAUGGACAUUGGGUAGGAGAUGAAAUUAAGCUGGAUAACAUGAAUUUCUUUAUUCUGAUGCAAGUCCACCUUUGGUUACUAAAUGUAAAAUAUAUUCCCUUUCCUAUCAUUAGCAUGGCUAGUAGUCGUGGAAAUGCCCUGGAUUUUAUCAGGUAUUUUUGUUUAAUUCAUACUGAUCUACAUAUAAAACAUAAACAUUUAACUGAAGUAGAUCAAUAGAAUUUCUCUUUGCUGUGAAGGAUUACUCAUAAUUCAGUGGAUAUUUUUGUUCUAGAGGUGAGUUUUGGUCAGAGUAGGCCUUUAAGAGCAGGACAUCAUCCUCUGAGACUCAGGGGCUAUGAGUAAAUUUUUAGUCAGGGUGGAAGAGCCCAGUCUCAGGGGCUCUUCCACCCUGACUGAAAAUCGACUGACAGCCCAUGGGUCUCCAAGGAUGGUAGGACAUCAAACUUCCCUCAGUCUAAUAAUUAUUUCUCAACCAACUUUGCUAAAUCACUUCUUUUAUAAGUAGGGAGUACCCUUUCUUGCAUCUUCUUGGAUUCAUGUUUUAUCUGUUUUGUUUCUUUACCACAGCAACAUGGAAAAUUGUCAAGUCAUGGCUGAGCCCUGAAGCUGUCAAAAAAAUCAGGUUCAGUUUAAGAUUUAUACUUUAUCCAAGAGCUGUUUGAUAUUUUUUGCUGCUCAGGGAGAUAUUUUGGCUUAGAGAUGGUGUGCUUGACUCCAAUUCAAGAAAUCCAUGCUGGCAUGCAAGCCUUGUCAUUAAAAUUCAUGGUUUUUUACUUCUUUCAGAUUUUUAAACAAACCUGAACUUUUGGAUUUAGUUGAUGAAGACAAGCUACUUGUUAGAUUAGGUGGAACUGUAAGUGCUGGAUAGUUCAAAAGUUUUCCUCUGCAUGGUUAUCCGGAACUCUGAGUGGAAAUAAAUUGAGAGUAAAAGGAAUAAACUGUGUACACAAAAUUAGUGCCUUUAAGGAUAGAUUUACUAUCCUAGAUCAAAGCGUAGGCAGAAGAGGUUGCCAACUCUGGGCUAGAUCAUAUGGAAAAUGAAACAAAAGCAUCUCUUUUUUCGAAGUUGGAAUCAGAAAAUGGUUCAAAGCAUUUGCAUUAGGUUCCUUAAAAAAAAAAUAAUGAAAACUUUGCUAGUAGACAAAAAAGUUAAGUUCUCAUUUUAAACAAAAGCAUUUUAGGCAUGUUGACUUGUUUCUCAUUUAGGCAUGUUGUGAAUUGAAGGCAUACAGCAUAGAGCCAAUAGCUGAUGAUAAUUUAUUUGUGAAAAUUGGUGAAAUUGUAAAUUGUCAGGUUGAAUAGAAUAAUAUUUCUUAUGUUUUCUUAACAGGAUCCCUAUGAAUAUUCUUAUCCACCCACAAAAGAAGCUCUUGCCAGUCUUGGUAUGACUGAAUCCACAAAGUAAGCACAAGUUUUUCCUACCACAAGCCGUUAUGGAAAACAACAGUAACUUUAUCUUAGGUUACAGCUACUUCUUAAGUAUUUUGAAUGUUUUUUAUUGAUCUUUUCUUAAUUAAUCAGAAAGUGAAAAAAUUCUCCCCUCAAAUCGUCUAACUUUGCCAUGUAUCCUUAUCCCCAGCCUGUCAGAGGCCCAUUUAACAGCCCUCUGCAAAGUUUUAUCAACUUAUGAAGGGCCUAUAUCAGAGAUCUUAUGAAAGAUUUUCCGAAAAAUUUUGCAUGUUUGGCAAGAUUUAAGGCUUAAAUCGUGCCGAACAUGCUUAGCCAAUGAGAACACAAGGAUAAUGUUACAACAGUUUAAGUCUAUUAAGCUCGGCUCCCUGUUUCUCUGUGGUUCUGAAUGUGUUUCCAGCACAAAAUUUGUAAAACCCAAUCAAAGAAAUAAGGGUGUGUUCAUACGGAAUGUUGCGGCAGAGUUUGAUUGUUCGCUCAGCCUGCACAAAUACGUACUGCAGACCAAUAUUUUAUAUCGUAUUCGAUAUUUUUUUCUCUAUUUGACAACAGUACAGAUGAUAACCUCAUUGAAAAUGGUACCAUAAACCAAGGCAAUGAUUUUGACGAUGACAGUUGUGAAGAUGCGGGUGAAGAGGCUCCUCCGUCCAAUACAAAGAAGGUACUUCGGGAGAUGAACUUCUCAAGGAUUUCAUAACACUUUCCAUCAUUUGUACAGAUGAUUUAGAAUUGAACAAAGCCAUAAAGAAAGAUUCAUUCCUUUCACAGAGACAUACAAAGUGCAUUUCUUUUAUUUUUUCGCAAACUUAGACCAAAGUUUAAUUUGCAGAACGGCCUGUCAAAACAAAGAUAAUGAUCACAGGGAAUUAACGAGAACUCGAAUUUUCCAGAAUAGGCAAACCAUGACUUAACAUCUUUGUGAUUCGAUAAUUUGUCCCUUCUUGACACCUUUUCUAUCCACUCCUUUCAUCUCCCUUCACUUUUCCCUCCUUCUCUGAGUAGUCUGGUUCGCAUUCGUCACGUAGAAGGUCACGUAAUGCUUCCUCGCUUGGCUGAGCAUUGCGUGACUUCUCACUGAACCGGCUGUUAGAUAGGCAAUUUCCUUCCUUCCCCACGCAAUUCCUUUCCUCGGACAAAAAAAACGAAUAAUUAUAAGAAAAAACAGUUGUCCUUGGGCAUCACCAUGUGUUUUCUCUUCGCCCCAGUUAAAUCAUUUUCAUGUUUUCUAAGCUUCUUACAACUCAAUUGUAACGAAUGUUUGACAUGACCUGCCCUAGCGGUGCUGAGCGCUCGGCCUUCAUUUCCGCUACUUAGGAUUAACUUUGUCAGACAUAUGAUUAAUCUUACAUCGGCUAAACUUCCAGUUAUGGAGAACAUCUCUUAUAAGGUCAAACCAGCUUCUUUUUCGUCUUGCUGUAAAGAACAACCAUCCAAGAAAUUCUUUGGUGCCGCUUGACUCAUAAUUUUUUCGUUUUGUAGAGUUCUUGGGAUAUGAGAUUCACAGGAAUUUUUAUUCAAAUCGAACGCAUGUUUUACCAGAGCUUUGCCUGUAAGCUUUCGAUUUUCUCAAUUUUUUCUUGCUGUUGUUUUGAUUACUUGUAGGUGACGUUUGAGGAUGCGCCUUCUACUGCAGCCGACCAGAGUCUUGAAAAUGCAUCUUCUCAGUCGAAUUCAAAGCAGGUUUGAUAUUUUCGACUUAAAUCCGUUGAUUCUCGCUCCCAAUCUUGUGACCUCUAGUCGUAGUCUAUUUGUAGUUCCUUUUGGGAAUGUUACAGAUAUGGCAAGCUGGCGAGUGAUGCGAAAAAGUCACUGUACUAAAUUUACUUAACCUGAACAACGUAAACCUUAGAUUAUUUGGCUGACCAGGCUUCGAAAGUGGGCAUGACUUUGCGGUGUCCUGUUUGGCCACCCAUGCUGCAAGAUACCGGCUUAUGUACCUCUUGACUUCCGUGCAGCUCAUUUUGUUUUAUUUUUUGUUUGAUUUUUUUUCUCGUGUGGAGUUGAAAAAAGACAAAGCAACCGUACAUUCAACUUCAUGGAAACCACGAAUUUCAUGAAUUUAUUUUACCAUUCUCAUUUUACGAUUUUAAUGAAAUAACAAUUUUUUUCUUUGACCUUUACUGUUUCACACACGACCAUAAAACACCCCCGAAAUAAUUUUGGGGAAUAUCCAGUCAUGUUGAGGAAGGUUAGAUUAAAGACUGACUCAUUUAUUUCUUGUGUAGAGGAAUAAUUCAACAAAGCUCACACUUCGAGCUGUAAGUUCAAGAUCAUCACAAAGACGAGCUCCUCCAGACGGCUUUACUAGAACAGGAAGUCUGCUUACUAUUACGUUAGUAUUGUUUAAUAAACUUUCAGAUUCCAUUUUGUUAUAAGGCAGCCCGUUCCAGUCUCUCUCAAUCUUUGCACAUGUGUUGUUUUUUUAGAAGUUCUCCUUCUUCGUUUUGACGUAUCUACUAAGUUUUUAGUCAAACCUCAAACUGAAGCCGAUGACACACUUGGCGAUUUUAUCCUCCAAUCGCGGCAAAUUGAUCGCUGGCGAAAAUCGCCGACAUCUAACAUAUCAAAUAUUGGCGAUUUAUAUCGCAGAUCAUGGCGAUCGGCGUAUAAAAUCGCGAAGUGUGUCGCCAUGAUUAUUGUAGCACGUAAUUCUGAUCGAUUCUGGUAAUUGCAGGCCAGCGGAGGAAUUAGUUUUCACCGGAACAACUUCAACUGGAGAAAUUCUUCAAUCUUUGUCGCUCACCAACAACGCUUUGUCAACAGUAGCUUUCAAGGUCAGUAGUUUUAGAUUUUACAUAGAGCUACUUAUAUAAUUUUGUUGUGACGCCAACAGGUCGUAAGUAGCUGCUGUUCGGUAAAUGAGCCCGCGCUUCUUUUCCCCGCUUCCCCUCCGAAAAUGGAGGACCGGAUUGGAGAAAAGGGCAAAACUCAAGCCUAACGCGAAUAGUAAAAGAUUGUAGACAUUGUUCGCUAAUACUGUGCGAAUUUUUUAUUUUACAGGUAAAGACAACCUCUCCAGAGAGUUAUCGAGUCCGACCAAGCUCGGGUAUAAUUCCUGCAAACUCCUCUGCGGAUGUCAGUGUAUUUUUACAGCCAGGUAAAGUUUGAAAAUGUUUUUCUAGAGGUUGCUCAGUAUAAGAGGACCAUGAAGUGUUAUUUAUUUAUUUUAUUUUUAUGAGAUAUCAGAAAGUAGCUGAAUGAAAAAAUCCCAGCUAAUCGUUGACGGUAAUUUAUGGGAGAAAGAUUACAGGGUUUGCAGUAAUUUAGUGCUUGCCUCUCUUUUCUAUUCAGUCCUCGAGGGAGGGCAACUAAAAAUAAUCAUUAGUUCCUUGAUAAAGCGCGAGUAGUAUAAAGGAAUGUCGUGGUUUUACAUUAGGUCAUGCUGCCAGCGUAGUAAAAGACAAGUUCUUGGUGAUGUCGACUGAGUUACAGGAUGAUAAGUCGCCAAGUGAACUUGCUGCAUUAUGGAAAACGAUACCAAAAGCAAAUAUUGUGGAACACAGGUUAGAAUAUUUCCCUAGUAAAUUUUGUGUUUUAACUCUAUUGAGUAACAGUCGCGAGUACAUCCCGAAGACUUUCAUUUUCAUCGUUUCUCUUUUACUUCUGGCACAGCUAUCCCAGACCCCAACUUGUUUUACUAUUUUUUCUCGUGCAAACCGUGUCAGGCCUCUCCGUCUCGUUUCUUUCCUCUCUCCUCGUCUCUCCUCUCCUUGUUUUUUUUUUUUUUUUUUUUGGUUUAUUUGUAGUUCUUAGGUGUUUCUUUUUUUAAUAAAGAUAUUUCGGUGACGUAGCUCUUUUAGUCAGAGCGUUGAAUAUUAAGUUCAACUGAGCGCGCUGCCAAACUCCCCUCUCCCACCCCCUACGCGUUUGAGCCUAUCUCUGAAUUUUCUUUCAGACUUCGUUGCCGAUUUCUGGCGUCUAGUUCUCAGCUUUCCGGUCAGUAUUCUGAUAUUGCGGAAGGUAAACCAGUAACUCUUAGUAUGGCCAUCGACAGCAUUCAGGCUCUUCAACGACAGCUGAGUGACGUGGAGAAAAAGGCAAGUACAUCAGAAGGGAUGGGAGGGGAGGGGAGGGGAGGGGGUAUUUAAUAUCAACAAGGGUGGAAUACCCCCCUCACCCCUUUCACACACGUCGUUGUUCACUUUCCGCCGACAAGCUGCCAAAGCCUUGCUCAUACUAAUUUUGCACAUUUCUUAUUUUUCAGCUUGAUACCAGCAACAGAAAAAUCUCGCACAUAGAGACAGGUCUGAAUGUGUUCAUUAAAGUUCAAUUGGGACUCUUUUCCGCCAUGAUAGUUUUGUUCGCCAUUGUGAUGUACUACGCUACGUUCCUCAUUUAAUAUGUGAUCAAGUGUCCACGGGCCUUCAAAAUGAAUAAGAGGAUUUAAUUGAACUUAAAGUGCAACGUUCUAAUGCUCUCUGGAAUACAUAACCUACUCAGCGGUUGCUCAUAGAUCAGAGUGAUUUAGAAUCGCGGUUAUUUGAAUGACCAUUGGCAAGAAUUGAACUUGGGCCUUGUAAGCGAAAUCAAAGAUGGAAUUUGCCGUUUACGUUUGAACACGGUUUUAUAGAUUUUUUUUAAUGUCAGGAACAAGUUGUAGAGGUGCGUUUAGGUGUGAUCUUGCAUGACUCGUCGCGAAUUCGCCGCUUUACAUUACUCAUGUGCGCUAUUCCGGGGAAAAAAUGCAUCACUUCCAAAGGCGUAAAACUUUUUUAGUCCGUUCUAUUCAGGGAACUCCGCCCCAAAAAAUGUUUCGUUACUUGUCAAAAUUUCAAUUGAACGCUUUUUGAGAAGAAAUGAAGCGGAAACAAUGACUAACUUUGAAAUUGAAGCCUUAGUUUCCUUUUUUUGGGGAACAAGAAAUAAAAAUUGGACUGAUUCCCUUUGCGCAAAUGCUGAGUGUUACAGGUUCAAAUUCUGUUAACUUGUCUUUUGCGUGGAUUAGGUUGAUUUCAGCGGCUGUGAUCAACAAAAUUUUUAUGACCAAUUAUUACCCGUCAAGUAGGUGCGAAUUUAGUUCAUUUUUCUGACCAGAGUGUCCUUUAAUUUUUCUAAACUCCAUUCUUGAAAGAUUUUGAACGAUUUAGCUAAACAACAUAGGACAACAAGUAAAUUAUCUCUGAACACUCGAAAGAAAAGUAUAUUUUUCCCAUAAAUAAAGUAAAUUAUUUCUUUACAUGGCUGUCAAUAGAUGGCAUUAAUUUAUUAAUAUGAGCCCUGUAGAGUUUCCAUCCAACAGUUGUCUUCACUUACAAUAUUA